CGCCGAAGAAGAAGUGAUUGUCGUUUGACAUCGCCAUGGUUUUAAAUUAAAACCAUAAAAGUCUUGUGUUAUUUUAAUAUUGCCGUUGAUUGACCACCUUUGACCAUCAAUAAUGGGUGUACCAGCGUUCUUUAGAUGGCUCAGCCGUAAAUAUCCAUCAGUUAUAGUGCACUGCGUCGAACAAAAAUCCGUGGAUAUUAAUGGGGUGAGAGUGCCUAUCGAUUCUUCGGAACCGAAUCCGAAUGGCGUUGAAUUCGACAAUCUUUACUUGGACAUGAAUGGCAUCAUCCAUCCAUGCACGCAUCCAGAAGACAAACCGGCGCCGAAAAAUGAAGACGAAAUGAUGAUAGCAAUUUUUGAGUGUAUAGACAGAUUGUUUAACAUUGUUAGACCAAGAAAAUUGUUAUACAUGGCCAUUGAUGGUGUUGCCCCAAGGGCAAAGAUGAACCAACAACGCUCGCGGCGUUUCAGAGCCUCAAAAGAAACCACAGAGAAGAUUAAUGAAAUAAAAAGAAUCAGAGCUGAGUUGCUGUUGAAAGGUUGUGUGUUACCACCAGAAAAACAAAAAGAGGAACAUUUUGACUCGAACUGUAUCACACCAGGAACACCUUUUAUGGCACGUUUAUCUGAAUGUUUGCACUAUUAUAUUCAUGACAGAUUAAACAACAAUCCUGGUUGGAAGGGUAUCAAGGUUAUUUUGUCUGAUGCAAAUGUACCAGGAGAGGGAGAGCACAAAAUUAUGGACUACAUCCGUAAGCAAAGAGGUCAAGCUGAUUAUGACCCUAAUACACAGCAUGUCCUUUGUGGAGCUGAUGCUGAUUUAAUUAUGUUAGGUUUAGCUACUCAUGAACCUAAUUUCACAAUCAUCAGAGAGGAAUUCAAGCCUAACAAACCUAGACCUUGUGAAAUAUGUGGACAAGUUGGUCAUGAGAUGAAAGACUGUAUAGGACAAGUUCAAACAGAAGAUGCUGUACCUGAUCAGCCUUUUAGUGCUGAAACUGAUUUUAUCUUUGUGAGAUUGUCAGUUUUAAGAGAAUAUCUGGAGAAAGAACUGGUCAUGGUUAAUUUGCCCUUCAAAUAUGAGUUUGACAGGGUUCUAGAUGAUUGGGUAUUCAUGUGCUUCUUUGUUGGCAAUGAUUUCUUGCCACAUCUGCCCAGUUUGGAGAUAAGAGAAGGUGCCAUUGACCGAUUGGUGCGCCUAUACAAAGACUGUGUCUAUAAAACAAGGGGUUAUUUAACAGACAGUGGAAAUGUAAAUUUAGAGGGAGUUCAAAUGAUAAUGCUUGAACUGGGUAAAGCUGAAGAUGAAAUCUUCAAGACGCGACAACAAAAAGAACUUCAAUUCAAAGCAAGAAACAAGGCAAAGAAGAGGAGGGCUGAAUUUAAUGAACAUAGACCUAACUGGAACUUGGUCAAGGACACACAAUUUGCCCCAAUGGCCGUUGGUAAAUCGACGGCAGUAAAGAAUGCACGUCAAGAGGCCUUUAACAUCAGAAAAGCAGGUAUGCACUCGCAAGUGGAUACAAAAUUACAGACUGUAAAUAGUAAAGCUGCUUUGGAAACUAUGAUAAGGCCGGCGGGUACGUCAUCAGAUGAACCGGAAAAGCGUGGACAAAAGAGAACGGCUGAUGAAUUGGAAAGUGAUGAUGAACAAGCCCACGAUGAAGUCAGACUUUGGGAAGACGGUUUCAAGGAUCGUUACUAUGAGUCGAAGUUUGAUGUGUCGCCGGACAAUUUGGAAUUUAGGUAUACAGUAGCCUUGCAUUAUGUAAAAGGCCUGUGCUGGGUACUGAGAUAUUACUAUCAGGGUUGUGCUUCAUGGAAAUGGUAUUUCCCAUACCAUUAUGCGCCCUUCGCAUCAGAUUUCGUCAAUAUAGCUGGCUUGAGUACCGAAUUUGAAACCGACACUAAACCCUUCCGUCCAUUAGAACAACUUAUGGGCGUCUUCCCAGCUGCUAGUAGCAAACAUGUUCCUAGCCCAUGGGCCAACCUGAUGUCUGAUCCAGAUUCACCUAUAAUAGACUUUUAUCCAGAGGAUUUCAAAAUUGAUCUUAAUGGGAAGAAGUUUGCUUGGCAGGGUGUUGCUCUUCUACCUUUUGUUGAUGAGGCAAGACUAUUCAAGGCAUUGGAACCUUACUAUUGUAAACUUACAGAAGCAGAAAUCAAAAGAAACAUACGCGGUGACGACAGAUUAUAUGUGUCUAACAAAAAUAGUGGCUACGAUACAUUGAAAAGUCUGUACCAACAUGACGUGGACCCCAACACAGAAUGUGCCAUCGCCUUCGAAGGAUUAAGCGGGACUGUGUUGUUAGCCGAAGAAUGCGUUGAAGAUGGAGGCUACUUGAGGUCUCCAGUAGCAGGCCUGGAUACAAUAACGGACAACAUGGUUAUUUGCGUGAGGUUCAGAGACCCGACUUACUCGAAAGGUCACGUCUUCCCAGCCAAAAAACUAAAGGGUGCCAAGGAUCCUCCCAGGGUGCUGAAACCUGGUGAUUUGGAUCAAGAAUCCAACAACCACUGGAGGCCACAAAUCGGCAUGGCACCAGCGACGCAGAGGGCAUAUCUUGGACAACCGGGUCACAGAAUGUUGAAUCACCACGCACCUAGAAAUGCAGGUUCAUAUUCGAACGUGCCGCCUGCCCAAGGCAUGGAUAGAAACCACCCUUAUAGCCAAAGAGGUCGCAACCAGGGCUACAACAACAACCCGAGAGGAGGAUACCACUCAAACCAAGGAGGCUACAACUCGAACCACGGGUAUAAUUCAGGUGGUGGUUACAAUUCGUACAACUCCGGCAAUCAUUAUCAACGUGGCGGUUACAACAGAAACAAUAGGGGCAAUAAUAGAGGCAACUACAAUCAACAACAUCAGAGUAGAAGACCUCCUGGUCCCUAUAGUGAUGGUUAUGUACCGUCGAAUAAUAGGUACUCCGCCAGGCGAUAAGCCUACACAUAUAUAAAAUUUAUUUUAUUUUUAAUUAAAAACAAAAUUAGUUACUGGAGAACAAAAAUCAAUGCACUAUAUAGUAUAAUAGAGACAGGUGUAUUAAUCUCUAGGUUAACUUUUGUUCUUCAGAUUUUUGGCAUAAUUGUUUGUAUAAUUUAGUUAUAAAGCAACAUCUACCAUAUAAACACCUUAGUUUGAUAAAAAUGUGUAGUGCUGCCUGCAGUUUAUUAUUAUUUUUAAAUUUUGACUUUAAUUCAUUUAUCGUCCUUACAUAAUUAUUUUGAUCUUUUUGUUUGGGACCAUCUAUUAAAAACAUACAAUAUAUAUGUUUGUAAUUUGAAUUAAUUGUACAUAUGUUUUAAUCUUAACUUAUGUAUGAUGUAUUAUUGUGUGAAUAGAAUUCAUCUGAACUGUGUUCAGAUAGCAAACUUUUUUGUAUGGAUUUUAUUUUAUACAGAAUAAAUGAUACUGAAAACAUUUAAA